GCGAAAACACUACAAACUGCACAAAACACAGAAAAAAAAUUCAAAUCUUUCGUCUCAGCAAGAUAAUAACCGUUGUAAAUUCUGCGGGGCGGAGUUCAUAGCGUCCAUAUAAUCCCACUGAAGAAUCUCAUAUUCACUUGUUGAUCUCCAGGAAGAAGCCACUGUAAAAAAUGGCAAAAGAAUUUAAUGUCCCCCCCGUUGUCUUCCCAUCCGGCGGAAACCCAGGCCCUACCUCUGCCACGCAGCGCCGCCCCACGGCUCCCUUCCAACCGCCGCGAUCUUCAAAUACCAUCCCUUUUGUCUCCUUCGAUGUGGGAUCCGCCACUUCUUCCACUUCCGCCGCCCCUUUCCCUACCUUAUCCUCAACAACCAUUGCCUCAUCCACUUUCGACGACGAGCCGCCGCUGCUUGAAGAACUGGGUAUAAAUACUAAGCAGAUUUGGAGCAAAACAUAUUCUAUCCUUAACCCAUUUCGUGUGAACCCGGAUCUCCACGAGGACGGCGACCUUUCGGGUCCAUUUUUGUUCUUGAUCGCAUUUGGCUUGUUCCAGUUGCUGGCUGGGAAGAUCCAUUUUGGGAUCAUCUUGGGUUGGGUCACUGUGGCGGCGAUUUACUUAUAUGUGGUAUUUAAUAUGUUAGCUGGGAGGAAUGGUAGCUUGGAUUUGUAUAGGUGCUUGAGCAUGAUUGGAUACUGUAUGCUUCCGAUGGUGAUUUUGUCCGCGAUUUCGCUGUUUUUGCCGCAAGGUGGUGUGGUCAUUUUCGCGCUUGCUGCUCUUUUUGUGAUAUGGUCGACGAGGGUUUGUACCAGGCUGUUGAUUGAGGUAGCCAGGUGGGACGAGCAUCGUGGGCUUGUUGGGUAUGCUUGUUUCUUGAUUUACAUGCUUUUCUCGCUGUUGGUGAUCUUCUGAAUGGGGCAAUCUGCACUCUCUUCUGGUUCUUAUGGUUUAGCUUCAUAAGAAGUUUUUUUCUUCUGCUGUGAUAGGCUUUUUUCUGUUUGAUUAAAACUUGUUGACGAAUGUUAGUUGUCAUAGAAAAUGAGAAUGAUUCGGCAAAUAAAUGCAAUUUGUUAUUCUUUAGUUC